AUUCCAAGCCCCAUCAAUUGAGUCGCGUGCCAUGGCUUCAGAGUCGACAUUACCACAGAAACGCAAGGCCCAGCCCCAAGGCCCAGGCGUACCGCCUUCAGAAGAUGAAAACGUGACAGACAAGACAGCGGACGUGCAUCCCCCGAAGAACGAGUACGAGACCGGGCGCGUCACUUGCGAGUCAUGUGGGGCGAGUAUAUCGUUCAGAGACGAGGCCACGGGUGGAUUUACGGUAAAGCACUGGGACUUGCAUCGGCAGCAAUGUCCUAGUGCAGUACAGCAGAUCACCGUCAGCGAUCCCGUCCUCUAUACGCCGGAAUCUCAAGGCGAACCGGUCGUGCCACAACCGAAGCGUCGCCGCGCAAAACGCACAGAAGAUGAGCGUAUCGACUAUUUGCGUUCAGACCCAUAUGUCGCGCAGUUUGAAGCUUACCGGGUCCUAUGUGCAUCCUGCGAUAAAUGGAUCCGGUUGCGGCCAAACUCCACCUACUGCUCAAUCCCGUGGGAUGCUCAUCGCAAGAGCUGCUUAACGAAGAAAGCUUCUAAGCACCCUAAUCCUAACGGGGAUCGGAGUGGGCUCUUUGCCACAGACCCGCAGGUUCGCAAGUUCGACUCAGAGCGUGUUCUCUGCAAAAUUUGCGAGACCUGGGUGGCCCUGGGCACGAAAGAUGACGCACAAGCGAUCCAGACAUGGUUGCAGCAUCGGACGACAUGCCUCCAAAAUCGUCCUACGCCUACCAGCACCACCGUUGCAGCCGCAAAUGCUAAUAUUCCCACAGCUGACAGCGUACCUCCGCCGUCCAGGCACCUCAUGGCUCUCGUCUCGUCUUCCUCGCUACCUACGCCCCCGCUUCCGUCAACGAAGACCGCGUCAGAAGCACCCUCCUUUGCCUCUCCUAUCUCGGUAACCUCCUUUAAGGAUCUCAACCCAUCCAACUUCGCACCAUCACAAGAGUCACGGAGACGUAAUGCUGAGCAGCGCGCCGCGCAGCUUCGUUCUGACCCUCUGAUCGGCGAAGUCGAACCCAACCGCGUCUUCUGUACGAUCUGUCAGAAAUGGGUGCAACUGCGACAGGACAGCUCGUACUGCGCAUAUCCGUGGCAACAGCACAGGGGCAAGUGUCUCAAGAGGAAACAGAAGCGUGCGCAGAAGGAAGCCGAGCUCGCCGAAUAUCGCGCCCAGAUGGAAGCCCUCCGUCAGGAGGAGCUUGCGAGGGCGCGGGAGGACAGCAUGGACGUCGAAUCUGAGGAUGGGGCCGACUCUGGCGAUGAGGCCAAGGCUCGCAGGAGGCAGGAGAAGCGCCGAGCAAAGCAGCUCGCUGAGGCCGAACGGCUUCGCAAGAUCGAAGAGCGGCGAGCGAUCCUCAGGCAGAAGGAAGCGGCUCUCAACAGUUCAGAUGGGGACGAAGAUGCGGAGGGCGAGUCUGACGUAGAGUCCGAGACACCCCUUGCCCGCAUGGCCGACCUGGGCACCCCUGCUGGCCGCAUUGAAUUUAUCUCUCGCUCGGUGCAAUAUUUGUUCAGGACGACAUAUGAUCAUGCGGACGAGCUCACAAUCGCCGCACUUGUCACCUACCUGAAUGCUGCCAUCCCACCUGACAAACAUGAAGACUUCGACACGACUGAGGUCACAAAGACCACGAUGGUCCUGCGCGAGCGAGGCGAGUUCUCAUUCGAGGGUGACGUGCUUCGCAUGCCCUAAGCACUCACUGGACAUUGCAACUGAACAUUCACGAUGCAUAUAUAUUCCGGACAUUCGAUACCGCACAUACCUUGCAUUCUGCUGCUCCAUCAGGCUGCCUCAUUCCCUUUUCUGCUCGGGUCUUACGGUGGCUGAUAGAUUGUAUUGUUUUCGUCAUCGCUCUCACCUUGCUCCUGUUGCUCCCCGAUAUCUUUAUUGGUCGUAGACACCACCUUCGACAUCACAUACACGAGUUUGUACCGUUAGCCAAGUCCCAUGCGGCUUUUUGUACUCGCACUCUGUACUUUUACCCCAGAACCGCUAUAUAUAAUGCAGACGGU